GAACUGUGUUCCAGCAUGGGGCAGAACAAAUGUGACUAAGGAGGGGGUUGAAUGGAACAAGCUGUUGCAUGUGCCUUUGGAGCAUUGCCAGGUGAACUGCUCGGACUGGCUGCUGAAGGUGAUCUGCGGCGUGGUCCACAUGCGCACGGUCUAUGCCUCGCACAAGCAGGCCAAAGCCUGCCUCAUCUCCCGGAUCAGCUGCGCGCGGGCCGGGGCCCGCUUCCACAUCCGAGGGGUGGACGACGACGGACACGUGGCCAACUUUGUCGAGACGGAGCAGGCCAUUUACGUGGAUGAUGGCGUCUCCUCGUUCGUCCAGAUCCGAGGUUCGGUUCCGCUAUUUUGGGAGCAGCCAGGACUCCAGGUUGGCUCACAUCAUUUGAAACUCAGCAGAGGUCUGGAGGCAAAUGCCCCUGCUUUUGACAGGCACAUGAUGCUUCUGAAAGAGCAGUAUGGAAAGCAAGUGAUCGUUAACCUGUUGGGAAGCAGAGGAGGAGAGGAGGUGCUCAACAGAGCCUUCAAGAAGUUGCUGUGGGCCUCUCUCCAUGCCGCUGACACGCCAAUGAUCAACUUCGAUCUCCAUCAGUUUGCCAAAGGAGGGAAGAUAGAAAAACUGGAGAAUCUGCUGAGGCCUCAGUUAAAGUUGCACUGGGAUGAGUUUGACAUUUUUGUAAAGGGCAAGACUUUAAGCCCACGUUUCCAGACAGGAACGCUGCGAAUGAACUGCCUUGACUGUCUGGACCGAACCAACAACGUGCAGAGCUUCAUUGCGCUUGAGGUUCUGCACAUUCAGCUAGAGAGCCUGGGCCUGGAUUCGAAGCCCAUAGUUGAGCGCUUUGUGGAAUUCUACAAGGUCAUGUGGUCUUUCAACGGGCACAACUUGAGCAAAGUGUUCACCGGCAGCCGGGCCCUGGAAGGAAAGGCCAAGGUGGGGAAGCUCAAGGACGGAGCCCGGUCUAUGUCCCGCACGAUCCAAUCCAACUUCUUCGAUGGAGUGAAGCAGGAGGCCAUUAGGCUGCUGCUGGUGGGGGACAUCUACAGCGAGGAGUAUGCGGACAAGGGAAGAAUGCUCGUGGACAGCUCAGCCCUGCUAGGGACGGCCAGCAUGCUGAAGGCAAUGGCUGAGCGGCAGUCAGAAUUCACCAAUUUCAAGCGGAUCCGCGUGGCCGUGGGGACCUGGAAUGUGAAUGGAGGGAAGCAGUUCCGGAGCCACCUCCUGAGCACCAGCGAGCUGACGGACUGGCUGCUGGAUUCUCCCAAGCUCGCAGGCGCGGCCUACUUCCUGGAUGACAGCAGCUCACCUGACAUAUUUGCAGUGGGGUUUGAAGAGAUGGUGGAACUGAGUGCCGGAAAUAUUGUCAAUGCCAGCACGACCAAUAGAAAAACAUGGGGUGAGCAGCUUCAGAAAGCUAUUUCCCAGACUCAUAAAUACAUUCUGUUGACUUCGGCCCAACUGGUGGGUGUCUGUCUUUACAUCUUCGUCCGUCCUCACCAUGUCCCGUUCAUCAGGGAUGUAGCGGUAGACACAGUGAAGACCGGAAUGGGAGGAAAAGCUGGGAAUAAGGGUGCUGUUGGCAUCCGUUUUCAAUUCCACAGCACCAGCUUUUGCUUCAUCUGCAGCCAUUUGACGGCUGGACAGACCCAGGUGAAAGAAAGGAACGAAGACUAUAAAGAGAUUACUCAGAAGCUCAGUUUCCCAAUGGGAAGAAAUGUCUUCUCCCAUGAUUAUGUGUUCUGGUGUGGUGAUUUCAACUAUCGCAUUGAUCUUACCUACGAAGAAGUCUUUUAUUUUGUUAAACGACAAGAUUGGAAGAAACUUUUGGAAUUUGACCAGUUACAACUACAGAAAUCAAGUGGAAAAAUUUUUAAAGACUUCCAUGAAGGAACCAUUAAUUUUGGUCCCACAUACAAGUAUGAUGUGGGCUCAGAGGCUUAUGACACAAGUGACAAGUGCCGAACCCCAGCCUGGACUGACCGAGUGCUUUGGUGGAGAAAGAAACAUCCCUUUGAUAAAACAGCUGAAGAGAUCAACCUUCUAGACAACGAUAUAAACUUUGAGGCAAAAGUCAAACAUACCUGGUCCCCUGGUGCUCUCAUGUACUAUGGCCGUGCAGAGCUGCUGGCGUCGGAUCAUAGGCCGGUGCUGGCUGUGGUGGAUGUGGAAGUUCAGGAAGUUGACGUGGCUGCUCGGGAGAAAAUCUUCCAAGAAGUUUCUUCUUUCCAGGGACCGUUGGAUGCCACGGUAGUGGUAAAUCUCCAAUCCCCAACCCUGGAAGAGAAAAAUGAAUUUCCUGAGGACUUGCGCACUGAACUCAUGGAAACUCUGGGGAAUUUUGGGACUAUUGUUCUCGUCAGGAUCAAUCAAGGACAAAUGAUGGUGACGUUUGCAGACAGCCGAUCGGCCUUAAGCGUUUUGGGUGUGGACGGCAUGAAGGUGAAAGGCCGAGCCGUGAAGAUCAGACCCAAAACCACAGAUUGGCUGAAGGGGCUGAGGGAGGAAAUCACUCGGAAGCGAGACAGCGUCGUGUCCAUGUCACCCACAGCCAACUCCUGCCUGCUGGAGGAAAACUUUGACUUCUCAAGCCUGGACUACGAAUCAGAAGGCGAUAUCCUGGAAGAUGAGGAGGACGACUUGGAUGAUGAGCAGCCUCAGCACCUCAUGUCAGACACAGAGCUGAGCACGGAUGCUGUCUGUGCCGGCCCCGCCUCUUCAGCAGGACCAGGCCUCAGCGAGUCUCCAGGGUUACCAAAGAAGAAACAACAGCCAUGUUCAGAUGAUGCUGAGCUGGCGGAGUUGAAGCAGGAGCUGGAAGCAGUUGGAGAUUUCCGCCUCCGUUCCCCGAGCAGGUCUCUGUCGGUGCCCAGCAGGCCUCGGCCCCUUCACCCGCCGCAGAGACCACCCCCUCCAACUGGAAUAACAGUGAAAAAGUCUGCCUCUGACGCCUCCCUCCCUUCGGGCUCCCACACGCAGUAUUCCAUCUUGCAGAUGGCGAAGCUUCUCCCAGGAGCACCACAGCAACCGCCUAAAGCCAGGAUGGGAAUAAGUAAGCCAUACAACGUAAAGCAGAUCAAAACGACCAAUGCUCAGGAAGCUGAGGAAGCCAUUCGAUGCCUGAUGGAAGCAAAGGGAGGAAUGCCAGAAGAGGCCCUGAAUUCUUUUCUCCAGAGGAACCAAGCGCCCACCAAUCUGGAUCCCUCAUCCAACUCGGCGAAGCCAGGGGCCUCUCCAGGGGGGCAGCUCCUGCCCCAAAGGCCCGCACCCAGAGUUCCCACCAUGAAGAAGGCAAUAUCCCUGCGGAAAACAGGAAAAUCCUUGUCGCCAGAGGAGCAAUUUGCACAACAAACUGUCCAGUUUACCAUUGGAUCCCCUGAGGCCGGUCUCCAAGUCUCCUCUUUCACCGCCCCCACUCCCACCGCUCCAGUCCCCAAACCGAGAACCACGCAGUCCCGGAAAGUGGCCCAAGAAAAAUCGAGCCUGGAGGCACAGCCUUUCGCCGAGGACACUCUGAUGGUUGUCCCGGUGCCUGCCUUUGUCCCCAAGGUCCCGCCGAGGAGGAAGAAAUCUGCGCCGGCAGCUUUCCACCUUCGGGUGCUGCAGUCAAACAGUCUGCUUCUCCAGGAUUUACCUCACGUCAGCGGUGGGGGCCAUGGCAGCAGUGGUGACAGCAACAACAGCAUCGGCGACCUCCAUCUUGCUACCAGAGACCAGUCUGAAACAUCACCCUCGUCUCCGCAAGAGUCCCAUAUUCUGAACGCCACCACCGGUGCAGGCCCCGACCCCAACGGCACACGGGGAUCAAAGACAGAGUCCCCCCUUCUCUCCGUUGAUCAGCAGGAUCCCUUCUCGAGCCUCCUUCAUCACCCAAAUCUGCUGGGCAAUGGCUGGCUUGUCAAGAGUUCUAAGUCUUUGGAUUUAGUGACCCAGAGUCCGGAAAGGGAAGACCCGAACUGGGCCCUGCUCGCUGCUUCAACGGCCAGGGCUGGCGUCACCAGCGAGUGUGGCCUGAAGGACUUUGGUCCCUGUGGGGAGGGUGCCGACCAAGACAAAGGGAAGGCUCUGCAGGCGGGCCCCCGCUGUCUCUAAUAUUCAGAUUGUACCCCGUCCCUCUCCCCACAGGCAUCCAUCUUGGUUUUAUGGACCCAGAAAUCCACUUGUAGAAUACCGUCUGCAAGAGGGGGCCUCCUCUUUCCUGCCUGAGCUGGAUACUGGGGCAGUGUUUGAGUUUAGAGCAUCAGUCUUGUAGAAUUUGCUGACAGGAUUUCUCUCUGUUUUAAGUGGUGUAAUGUCUCUGACCCAUCGGGAAAUUGUUCAUUUGGAGUUUGGAUAUUUUAUAAGCUCUUCCUCCCCGCUCCUUCAUCUCUUACCCCUUUCCUCCCACCCUCUCCACACCUUUUGUUGUUUUGGCUGAACCUAAGAAUACAAGAAUCUUUGUAUGUGGCUCUUAAGCAACUGACUUCUGCUUUUAUGGAGAAACUAUGGGUGAACGAUGCAGAGCGGGCCUCUGGGAACAGGGCGAAAUGUGGGUUUGUGUUUUCUUUUCUGCUCCUCGGGGUGCCUACCGAGGCACAACCAUU